AUGGGAGAGAUUGUGGAAGGGAGGGAUAACAGAGGAGAUAAUAUUCCUGACAGUUUGGAGGCUACACUGAAGGAUAUUGACAAAGAUGCAUAUGUCAACAUCUAUUCCAUGCUGAAAGUCCUGAUCACAAUUCCAAUUUCAUCUGCAUCUUGUGAGAGAUCCAUAUCAUCCCUUCGGAAUCUUAAGAACUAUUUGAGAAAUACAAUGACCCAGGACAGACUGAAUGGAUUGGCACUGAUGCAUGCCCACAGAGACAUGGAUUUUGACCUUGAACGUAUAAUAGAUUUAUUUGCUGAGUUACAUCCUAGGAGAAUGAGAAUGGCAAACAUUUUGUAA